AUGUACAGAAUUGCUGUACUUGCCCUGGUGGCAUGUGCGGCCGCCGUGGAAGUGCCCGGGCAGUGUCCCCAAGUGAAAACCGUUGAAAACUUCGAUUACGAUGCGUUCAGGACCGGUACCUGGUACGAGCUGGGCAGGACUGAUCACAUCGCGGAGAAAGGCGGACAAUGCAGCUACGCGGAGUACACUCCCUCAGGCGACGGUUUCUAUAUCAAGAGUUACCACGUCGAAGGAGGAGCACUGAGGGAGAUUGAGGGCUACGCCCGCCGCGCCGCCGAGCCCGGCAAGAUGAUCCACUCCCUGCCUUAUGGACCAAAUGGCGAGAUCACCGACAACAUUCUCAACGUGUUGGCCACCGACAACAAGAACUUCGCUCUGCUCUACCACUGCAACUACAACGCCGAGAAGAACUCCCACAGAAAUCUCGUUUGGGUGUUCUCAAGGAAGCAGCAGUUGGAGCCAGCAGAAACCAACGCCAUUGAAGCCGCUUACGAAGCUAAUCCAUUCUUGGACAAAAAUGAUCUGAUCAAAGUGGAAUUCGCACCAGCAUUAUGCGAAAUUACAGCUGAAAGUGUCGAAGUUCCUGGAUCCUGCCCAGACGUUAAAACAGUAAAGAACUUUGACGUGAAGAAGUUCGGCAACGGUAUCUGGUACGAGGUUGCCAGGACCCCCCACAUCGCCGAGCAGAACGGACAAUGCAGCUACGCUGAAUAUCUCCCGUACGAUGAUGGCUUCCAAGUGAAGAACUACCACGUUGAAGAUGGAGAACUGAAACUCAUCGAGGGUUACGCUAAGGGCUCCAAAGGCGGCAAGAUGAUCCACUCGCUGCCUUAUGGACGUAACGGCGCUAUCACUCACAAUGUCCUGAACGUGCUGGCCACCGACAACGACAACUACGCCAUCCUCUACCACUGCAACUACAACCCUGCGAAGAAGUCGCACAGAAAUCUCUUGUGGGUAUUCUCGAGGUCCAAAGACCUCAGUGACGAAGGCGUCAAGGCCGUUGAAGUUGUUUACAAAACUAACAAGUUCCUAAGACAAGAAGAGUUUGUGAAAGUGGACUUCUCCGAAAAGGCUUGCCAGAUUUCAGCUAGCAGCGUAGAAGUACCCGGAUUCUGUCCCGAUGUUAAAGUUGCUGACAACUUCGACAUAAAAUCGUUCGGAAACGGCGUAUGGUACGAGCUCGCCAGGACUCCCCAUUUGGCCGAGAAGGACGGACACUGCAGCUACACCGAGUACACUCCCUCCACCUACGGCUUCGAUAUCAAGAGCUACCACGUGGAGAAGGGAGAACUUAAGGAGAUCGAGGGCUACGCCACCCCUGCUGGACCGAGCAAGAUGUACCACUCUUUGCCUUACGGCCGCAACGGCGAGAUCACGCACAACCUGCUGAACGUGUUGGCCACUGACAACAAGAACUACGCCAUCGUCUACCACUGCAACUACAACCCCGAGAAGAAGUCACACAGAAAUCUCGUCUGGGUGUUCUCAAGGUUAAAAGCACCUAAACCACAAGAGCGUGACGUUAUCGAAGCUGCCUUCAACAACGUAUUCAAAGCCAACUCCUUCCUCAGGCGUGAGGAGAUGAUCACAGUCGAUCUCUCCGACGAGGCUUGCAGGGUCACAGCCAAGAAUGUCAGAGGACAAGGAUUCUGCCCUAAAGUUAAGACUAUUGAAAACUUCGACAUAAAAUCUUUCGGUAACGGAGUAUGGUACGAAGUAGCCAGGACCAAGCACAUUGCUGAGGAAGAUGGACAGUGCAGCUACGCUGAAUACACUCCCAACGGCGAACACUUCGAUGUCAAGAACUACCAUGUUAAGGACGGAGAGUUGAAACUCAUCGAGGGUUACGCAAGGGCAGCCGCUGAGGCCGGCAAAAUGAUCCACUCUCUGCCUUACGGAGAAAAUGGAGAAAUCACUGACAACGUCCUGAAUGUUUUGGCCACUGACAACAAGAACUACGCCGUCCUAUACCACUGCAACUUCAACGCCAAGAACUACUCAUACAGAACUCUCCUCUGGGUAUUCUCAAGGAGCAAGGAACUGACCCCUGAAGCUAACGCCGCUUUGGAAGCCGUGUACAAGGCCAACUCUUUCUUGGAGGCUGACCUGAUCAAGGUUGACUUCUCCAAAAAGGCUUGUCAAAUCUCAGCUGCCAGCGUGGAAGUGCCUGGAUUCUGCCCAUUCGUGAAGACUGAUGAAAACUUCGAUGUCAAAUCGUUCGGCAAAGGUCAAUGGUACGAAGUGAAGAGGACCCCUCACUCCGCCGAGAAGGGUGGUCAAUGCAGUUACACCAAGUACACGCCCGCCGCCGACGGCUUCCGCGUCAACAGUUACCACGUCAACAACGGCGAACUCAAGUUCAUCGAAGGGUACGCCAAGGCUCACUAUGAACCCGGCAAGAUGGUACACUCCCUUCCUUAUGGUGCUAACGACGCUAUCACCCACAACGUGUUGAACGUUCUAGCUACCGACAACGACAACUACGCCAUCCUUUACCACUGCAACUACAACGCUCAAAAGAAGUCUCACAGAAAUCUGGUCUGGGUAUUCUCAAGGAGCCAGGAGCUCAGCGCUGAAGGUAGCGCAGCUGUUGAAGCCGCCUUCAAGUCCAACCCUCACCUGAGGAAGGAAGAAAUGAUCGACGUCGAAUUCGGAGACGCCUGCCAAAUCACUGCCGACAGCGUGGAAGUCCCCGGAGUAUGCCCACACCACGUGGAGACAGUAAAGGACUUUGAUGUCAGCUCGUUCGGCCACGGUGUGUGGUACGAGCUCGCCAGGACUCCCCACAUCGCCGAGAAGGACGGACACUGCAGCUACGCCAAAUACACCCCCGGGGCCAACGGCUUCCACGUCGCCAACUACCACGUAGAGAACGGUGAACUGAAGCUCAUCGAAGGCUACGCCAAGGCCGCCCAUGAACCCGGCAAGAUGAUCCACUCUCUGCCAUAUGGAGCCCAUGGCCAUAUCACAAACAACGUCCUGAACGUGUUGGCCACAAACAACAAGAACUACGCCGUCCUAUACCACUGCAACUACAACGCACAGAAGAACUCCCACAGAAAUCUCGUAUGGGUAUUCUCAAGGAGCAAGGAAAUGAGCGAGGAAGUCAAGUCCGCUGUUGACUCUGUCUUCGAUUCCAACAAAUACUUGAGGAGGGAGGAGCUGAUCAAGGUUGAUUUAUCUGAGCAAGCCUGCCGCAUUGACGCUUCCAGCGUGAUGAACUCUGGAUUCUGCCCACACGUGAAGACCGCUGAAAACUUUGACAUUGAGAAGUUCAACAACGGUGUAUGGUAUGAGCUGGCAAGAACCCCCCACAUCGCGGAGAAGGGAGGCCAAUGCAGCUACGCUCAAUACACACCCUCAGGAAACGGCUUCAUCGUGAAGAACUACCACAUCGAAGACGGAGAGCUCAAGAAGAUCGAAGGUUUCGCCAGAGCCGCGUCUGAAGCCGGCAAAAUGAUCCACUCCCUUGGUUAUGGAGAAAAAGGUGCCAUCACCGACAACGUUCUGAACGUGCUGGCUACUGACAACGACAACUACGCUAUCCUCUACCACUGCAACUUCAACGCCCAGAAGAAGUCACACAGAAAUCUCGUCUGGGUAUUCUCACGAUCAAAGGAACUGAGUGCUGAAGGCAAGGCUGCCCUCGACGCGGUCUUCAAAGCCAACCCAUUCCUGAGGAGAGAAGAAAUGAUUAACGUUGACUUCUCCGAGAAGGCUUGCCAAAUUAAACUGCCUGGCCGUUGCGUACAAGUGAAAACCGCAGAGAACUUCGACUUUAAAAAGUUCGGCAACGGUGUGUGGUACGAGAUGAUGCGCACCCCCCACAUCGCGGAGGAGGGCGGCAAGUGCAGCUUCACCAGCUACGCUCCCUCCGGCAACGGCUUCGACGUCCGCAGCUACCACGUCAACGCCGGCCAGCUCAAGGCCAUCCAAGGCCAUGCGACUCCCGCGCCAGGACAGGGCCAGAUGAUCCACUCCCUGCCUUAUGGAGAAAACGGAGCUAUCACUGACAACGUGUUGAACGUGCUGGCCACUGACAACGACAACUACGCCAUCCUCUACCACUGCAACUACGACAAACACUCCGGCUCACACAGAAAUCUCUUCUGGGUAUUCUCAAGAAAGGCUGAACUGAGCUCGGACACCAAGUCCGCCGUCAAGAAGGUUCUGAAGGAGUACCCUCAGAUCGCCAACGAGGCUCUGAUCAGCGUGGAGUUCUCGAAAGAGGCUUGCGAAUACGAAGCUGCCAGUAUUGAAAUCCCCGGUUCAUGCCCAGAGGUCACCACUGCCAGCAACUUCGACUUCAAAUCGUUCGGUAACGGCGUUUGGUACGAAGUCCUCAAAUACAAGAACGCAGCUGAGAAGGACGGCAAGUGUGGGUACGCGAAGUACACGCCCUCGGGUGAGGGCUUCAUCGUCGACAACUACCACACCAACAACGGAGUUCUGAAGAAGAUCUCCGGCAGCGCGCGACCGGCUGGCCCCGGCAAGAUGAUCCACAGUCUGCCUUAUGGACCAAAUGGGGCCAUCACUGAGAACGUUUUGAACGUUCUAGCAACAGACAACAACAGCUACGCGGUGCUCUACCACUGCAACUUCAACGCUGAGAAGAACUCCCACAGAAAUUUCGCGUGGGUAUUCUCAAGGUCCAAGGACGUGAAGCCAGAGGCCAAGAGCGCCAUCCUGGCCUCCAUCAAGGCCAACCCCUUCAUCAACCAAGACCAUCUCACAGAGAACGACUUCUCUAAGGAGGCGUGUGCGGCGGCUUAAUUAUAUUUAUUUAAAUACUAAUAAUAGACAAAACAAGAAACAGUUCACCAAUAAAACCAAUUUGAGUAUGUCCCCUGGCA